UGAAAGUGGCGAUGUAGUGGAUAAAACACGUGUGUAUAUUAUCUCUGUGUGAGUUUGUUUGCGUCUUAUUAAUCUCUGUGUCGAAAACAGAUCCUCGUUUCCUUUCCUCCUCUCUUCCUACCAUUAGUACGUUACUGGAGCUGAUCUCACGUAUAUUUUGGAUCGUAAUCAUGGACGGCGAAGAUUUUGCCGGAAAGGCGGCUGCUGAAGCCAAGGGAUUGAACCCGGGAUUAAUCGUGCUGCUUGUUGUUGGAGGUCCGCUUCUUGUGUUCCUAAUCGCCAACUACGUGCUUUACGUUUAUGCUCAGAAGAACCUACCUCCAAGGAAGAAGAAGCCCGUUUCCAAAAAGAAGCUCAAGCGGGAGAAGCUAAAGCAAGGAGUCCCUGUCCCUGGAGAAUAAAAGCCAGCUUAAGCUUCCUUCACUUGUGCCUCCUUCAAAGCGGUUUUUGUUCGGUUACCAAAUUUCACCCUUGCGGGUUUUUUCUUCCUUUACUUCUGUCAUGAGGAUUAUCUUGAGUCCUGUAUGAUUUCACAUGGAGAGUGUAGACUAUUGUUUUGGUCUGACUUGUUUUUCCUUCAUACACACAUUUGGUUGCUACUGUAGAGUCUCUCACAUCAUCUUUGCUACAAAUUCUCAUCUUCAAUAUCAUUUAACUUAUUUACUAUUUAGAUGUUACUUGGUUCCAUUGUUACGGCGCUACCAAUCC